AUGGCAACUCCCAUAAUUCCCCCGCUGAUGCGAGCAGCUCAGAUAACGGAACCCCAGUACAACAAACCAUAUGAGCUAGUCGAGAGGGAAACUCCGGCCAUUCGCACCAAUGAGCUACUUAUCAGAGUUCAUGCGGCCGGAUUCUGCCAUUCGGAUCUACAAGUUCUACAAGGACAAUUCAAUUCGCCCUUGGGCAUGAUCGCAUCUCAUGAACCUGCCGGCAUCGUGGUUCAGGUCGGCAAAGACUGCAGCGGGAGUUGGGAGGUCGGCGAUAGAGUUGGUGCUCUCAACUACAAGAACUCAUGCGGAAAAUGCAGUGGCUGCAGUUUGGCACUGCGUACUAGCAAGAAACAGCGCCUGGACCCAAGAUUUUGCGAAAAGCGAGAAACUGCCGGCUUUCAUCAUGAUGGGGCAUUUGCCGAGUAUCUUACCGUAGAUCCGGAGACCGCCGUCAGCCUACCGCCAUCUCUGUCUUUCGAGCAAGCAGCGCCAUUAAUGUGUGCAGGGGCUACAGUUUGGGGCUCACUAGAGAAGGCAACAAGUGAGCUGGAGACAGGAGAUACGGUGGCCAUUGUCGGCAUCGGAGGUCUGGGCCAUCUCGGUUUACAAUUUGCCAGCGCCAUGGGCUUCCGCACCAUAGCUGUUGAUAGCCGACCAGCAGGAAGGCAGCUCGCUACUGAGAUGUUUAGCGAUAAUCUCAGGCCUGCACUGGUGGUGGACUCUGGCUCGGAGCAUGCGACUUCUCAGAUCAUGGACUUUACGAACGGUGAGGGAGUAGCCGCAGUUGUUGUCUGUACAGACUCCCUGUCAGCCAACAGUUGGGCUUUGACACUCCUCCGAAUUGGAGGCGUAAUGGGAGUUCUGGGCUUGCCUGCUGAGAAUUGGAGGUUCGACUCUAGCGUCAUCGUUUUUAGAGAGCUCACGAUUCGGGGAAGUUAUGUUGCGAGUCGGGAAUCCACUGAAAGGAUGAUGGAGGCCGUGGAGAGGGCCAGCAUUAGGUCUCACAUCACUCUGAUGUCGUUUGACGAGAUCCCGACUAUUGUCACUGCUUAUCAGGAUAGCGGUUUCAAAGGCAGGCUUGUGGUGCGCAUAGCAGACUGA